AUGAGUACGUCGAAUUUGGAGUACGAAGAGCUUAAAGGGUUUAUGGAUCUAGAAUUGGUGAAGAAAUAUGAUGGAGUAGUAGUGGAAGUAAAAGAGGAAAACAGAGCAGCAAGACCCUGUUUCUCAGAAGCGUGGGAUGUUUGUGGAGGGAGAAAAGGGAAGAGACAGAUCACGCCGGAGAUAAAGUGGAGAAUUCCGGCGCCGCCGAUUAACGAAGUUGAGUUGAAAGAUCAUCUCAAACAUUGGGCUCAUGCAGCGGCGUUUAAUCUGUUUUUUUUUUACAUUGCUUCUUCAGGUUGA